AUGAUGAGAGUGCUGUGUGCCAAGAACCUUGCAAAAAAAGAUUUCUUCAGGCUUCCUGACCCUUUUGCAAAGGUGGUGGUUGAUGGGUCUGGACAGUGCCACUCAACUGACACUGUGAAGAACACGCUAGAUCCCAAGUGGAACCAACAUUAUGACUUAUAUGUCGGGAAGUCAGAUUCUAUCACCAUCAGUGUCUGGAACCACAAGAAAAUCCACAAAAAGCAGGGAGCUGGCUUCCUGGGAUGUGUCCGACUCCUUUCCAAUGCCAUCAGCAGGCUAAAAGAUACUGGAUACCAACGUUUGGAUCUAUGCAAACUAAACCCCACAGAUACGGAUGCAGUGCGAGGCCAGAUUGUGGUCAGCUUACAGACACGGGACAGGAUAGGCACAGGAGGCUCUGUUGUAGACUGCAGGGGGCUGUUAGAGAAUGAAGGAACGGUUUAUGAAGACUCGGGCCCAGGAAGGCCGCUGAGCUGUUACAUGGAGGAGCCAGCGCCAUACACAGACAGCACGGGUGCUGCUGGAGGAGGCAAUUGUAGAUUUGUGGAAUCCCCGAGCCAGGAUCAGGCAUUGCAGGGCCAGCGGUUACGGACCCCUGAUGUCAGAGGCCAUGUACAGACUCCCCAAAACAGACCCCAUGGGCAUCAGUCGCCGUCACCUGACCUGCCUGAAGGCUAUGAACAAAGGACAACAGUGCAGGGACAAGUUUACUUUUUACACACACAAACUGGUGUUAGCACAUGGCAUGAUCCCAGGAUACCAAGAGACCUUAACAGUGUGAAUUGUGAUGAACUUGGACCUCUGCCGCCAGGCUGGGAAGUUAGAAGUACAGUGUCUGGAAGAAUAUAUUUUGUAGAUCAUAAUAACAGAACCACACAGUUCACAGACCCAAGACUCCAUCACAUCAUGAAUCACCAAUGCCAACUAAAAGAACCCAACCAGCCUUUACCAGUGCCGAACGAGGGGUCGCUGGAAGAUAGCGAAGAGUUGCCAGCACAAAGAUAUGAACGAGAUUUGGUACAGAAGCUGAAAAUACUCAGGCAUGAACUGUCCCUUCAGCAACCCCAAGCUGGUCACUGCCGUAUUGAAGUAUCAAGGGAAGAAAUAUUUGAGGAGUCAUACCGCCAGAUUAUGAAAAUGAGGCCAAAAGAUCUGAAGAAGAGGCUGAUGGUGAAGUUUCGAGGAGAAGAAGGCUUAGAUUAUGGCGGAGUAGCAAGGGAGUGGUUAUACCUAUUGUGCCACGAAAUGUUGAAUCCUUAUUAUGGACUCUUCCAGUACUCCACAGAUAACAUUUACACGCUGCAAAUAAACCCAGACUCCUCUAUCAAUCCUGAUCAUCUGUCUUACUUCCACUUUGUUGGUCGGAUAAUGGGUCUGGCUGUGUUCCACGGGCACUACAUCAACGGGGGUUUCACUGUUCCUUUCUACAAGCAGCUGCUGGGCAAACCCAUCCAAUUAUCUGAUCUGGAAUCAGUUGAUCCAGAACUACACAAGAGCUUGGUUUGGAUUUUAGAAAACGACAUCACUCCAGUUCUGGAUCAUACUUUCUGUGUGGAACACAAUGCAUUUGGCCGAAUUCUACAGCAUGAGCUCAAGCCAAAUGGGAGAAACGUUUCUGUUACAGAGGAGAACAAGAAAGAAUAUGUCAGGUUGUAUGUUAACUGGCGGUUCAUGAGAGGGAUUGAAGCCCAGUUCCUGGCUCUUCAAAAAGGUUUCAACGAACUUAUUCCUCAACACCUGCUGAAGCCGUUUGACCAGAAGGAACUCGAGCUUAUAAUCGGUGGCCUGGACAAGAUUGACUUGAACGACUGGAAGUCCAACACGCGGCUCAAGCACUGCAUGGCCGACAGCAACAUUGUCAAGUGGUUCUGGCAGGCGGUGGAAGCCUUUGACGAGGAAAGAAGAGCGAGGCUGCUGCAAUUCGUGACGGGUUCCACUCGGGUUCCGCUUCAGGGCUUCAAGGCUUUGCAAGGUUCUACAGGCGCGGCAGGACCCAGGCUCUUCACUAUCCAUUUGAUCGAUGCAAACACGGACAACCUUCCGAAAGCUCACACUUGCUUUAACCGAAUUGACAUUCCACCUUACGAGUCCUACGAGAAGCUUUAUGAAAAGCUGCUGACGGCUGUGGAAGAGACCUGUGGGUUUGCAGUGGAGUGAAUGGGCAACCAAAGGAAACAGAUACUAGCUCAUGGACCACCAAAUCAAAAGCUGGAAGAAGAUGCUUGCUGUGAACAUCUUUUUUUGUCCAAAGCAUUGGGACGCUCGACGACUGGGGAGGCUGAGGCUGUUUCCCCUCCUGCGUCGUUGUUGUUGGGGGGGAGGGGGCUUUUGUUGGUGGUUCCCAACCGUACUUUUCUCCCUUUUGUUAAAAGUAACCCACCAACCCUUUUUCUUUUCAUUUCCCGCAAAACAAAAGGCAACCAGGUUCCGCAUUUGGUUUUGGUUACCCAAGAUAUUCUGCUAGACUCGUAACACAUAUUGUGAUAAGGUCAACGACCUGUGGUCUUUUUUUAUAGGAGUAUCAAAACUGUAGUUGAAGUAUCUUGAGAUGGUUUGCUGAGGACUUUUGACUGGUAGGUGUAUAUGGAUGUUUUGUCUGAACACAGUUCUCAGCCCUUGUAGCGUCCAAAAGCUAUGGAAGACGAGGCUGGCGCAGGAAACUCAAGUUGCACAUUUCAGAAAAUUCAUUUAAGGAUGGAUAGCAGAAAGCAGGUCUAUAGGCGCACCAACAUCUGACGAUGACCUUCGGCAGGAAGCUCUUGGCGUGAGAACGGUAGCUUGGCUCUUCAGAGGGAAAAGAAAGAAGUCCGAGCCAUUUUGAAUUGGGAGGUCACUAUCUGUUUCGAUGCUUCCUACGUGAGAAGCUUUUGCUGUGCGGGCUUGCUUCUCUUCCCUGUGUGACGACUGGCAUAUGGCAGAGAACGCAGCAAGGGGCUUAGGCCCUAAUUAUGAGCCGAUUAAAAGAUGGGGUUCCCCUCCCCCCAGUUUUCUCAGAAGCGUUCAUUGAUUUGAAAUGGAAGAAAACGUUUUGACAAGAAGUAACUGAAAGUAAAGUUAACCAAGCCAGGUUCUGUCCCUGAGCUGUCAGGAAUGAGGAACAGCUCUUUUGAAAAAAGGAAUAUGUGGUGAAUAAAGGUCAAACACAAGGGUUUUAGCCUAUAGAUUCAGAGUAAUUGGGUGCAUUCAUCUUUGCCUCUUUCCAGCUUCUCUUCCUGCCACCCUUGCCAUCAGAGAGGCCUCCUGUUCAAAUUGAUAUGAAUUCAUUGGCUUCCUAUGACUUCCUGGGGGUGUGUGUGGAAGAACCAAAGCACUCAGAUGAUUGUAGGCAACCACUUUUUCUUUUUUCUAAGUUUGAGCAACAAGGCAGUAUUUAGCAACAGAACAUUUUUUCACAAAAAGCAUUAAAUAUAACUAGGCAGACCUGGUUUGUAAACCUUCCCCCACCUGCUGUUUCAAAACAAGCAGUGAUAGGUAUUAAUUGACCAUGUGGACAGCGUGGUGGACUUCAGUUCCGGCUCACGUCGCAUUUUGGACUACGAGGAUAUUUCUAUUGCCAAUUUCAGCAAGGAAGUAAAUUGACAUAGAGAAUAGCUUUAAACUGUAAGAGGACAAACUAAAGUUAGAUUCUUGUCGGAAUUUUGUUUGCGCAAUUGACUGUAAUGUCUGUGAUUUGGUGACGGAAGUAUGAGGAUUACAUUUGAGAAAUAUUAUUUUGUGAUAUUUGCACCACGUGGCGAAAGGGCUGGGUUUUUUGUAGGUGAGCUGAGACCUAACUUGGAAUGGACUUAGGGAUCCAGUCUCACUUAAGGGACCAGUUCACUGCAUUAUGAGUGAUUUGUGGAGGUGUGGGGGAGGGGAUAUGAAGGGAAAUGGGGAAAUGUGGGGUGGGUGGGUUGGAGUUUUGUUUUUUGUUACACAAUCUUGUGAUCUUCUGGAUAAAUGAAUUCUGAUGACUCGCCUUUCCAGAAGCCUGUGGAGAAUGGAUGUUGUCCAUUGGAGAUUAUUAGCCCCAUUCCUGGUCAUAAUGAACUGUCUCAGUGGAACUGGAAUGGGCAAGAUGAUUCCAGAGAUACAGAGGUUACCCACAGGUUUGCCGAGACUACUGAGGGCUGUGCAAGAGGAGAGACAUUUUCCUUUAGCACCAAAGCAACAUAGGAUAAGCAUACAUAGGACUGAUGGUUUAUAUGAUUCAAGACCCAUUGUUGCAUGGCUCUAAGGAUGAGGUGGUAUGUUCCAUGCAGCUGGAGCCCAUCCUGGACUGGUGGCAUCUGAAGCAGAGACUUUGGCUCAGAUGAAAAGAGCAGGUUACAUGCUUCAAACAAAGAAGCCAGGCCCCAAGGUAUCAUGAGAAUUAGUUCUGGAUCAAUAUUCAGACCACACAGUGCAGACAGCUCCUCCAUAGUAGUAGCAGCACGGAGGAUAGAGGAGAAGUUUGUCUCCAAAACCACCUUCAUGUUCCCUGUUGUUUUUUCCCCUCAAGUUUUCCUGCCGCUGUUCCAUCAACCAAGAGCCCAAAUAGGGAGUGUGCAAUCAUUCUGUAUCUUGAUGGUUGAAACUGGAGAAAGAAAUCAAGGUAGACAAACCGUUGGUCCUACUUGGUGUGGUUUUUCUCCCGCCGGCCACCCAGGCGCGAGCUAGAGCACCAUGGAUCCCCUGUUCUGCUCAAGCUGAGUGUCCCACAUCGCUUUCUCCAACAAGAAAGUUGUACGAGGAUGAGCAGAAAGAGUAGUCUUCUUCUGGCUUGCAAACAGCUAAGCUUUAACGUGUCUAUUGCUGCGGGCUUUUCAUUUCAACCAUCCCAAGCAAAGAACCCCAAAAAAACUUGAUCUCUGUUUGCUGUCACAUCUUUGUAGAUGGAUGUCAUCUGGAGUAGGUUCGGGUUUGGUCAGAAGUCGCUCUACCUUUAAGGGAGAUGGAUGAUGAGUUGAAAGCAACAGGAAGCGCCCUGCUUCUCUAAAGCUGCACCCCUGGCUGUGUUGGCAUGCAUGUAUCUCCCACCUCCAGGAGAUGCGAAGCUGCUGUUUCACAGCGCCAUGCACUUCCUGGCCCAUCAGAUGGUCGCAGUCGGAGCCUCCUAAGAUAGAUGGUCUUUGGUGUCUCUAAGCAGCGGCAAAGCUAACACCAAGUGGAGUGAUGCAAAUCUUUCCAUGUCUGUAGGAUUUCUGUUUGUCUGUCUGUCUGUUUACUUGCCCUGAAAUACAUCAUCAGGCGUUUAUGCACUCAGGGAUGUGGGAAAUCACCACUCCAUUUGUGUUUUUAAAGUGAGAAGGUGUGAGUAGUUCUAAAUCAAACCUGAACAUGGUAGACCAAUGUCUGCUUUUUAAAAGAGAUUGCUUGCUUAGCAUUGGGCAUGGUUUAUAAAACCUCAACUCUAAUUAAAGAUCUCCUUCUGACCCUUCAUAGCCCCGGUACCCUGUAUUCUACACUGUAGAGCACAGACGGUUUUCCAGAAAAUGCAGUACAUCAUUCAUUUUUACUCUGUUAAUUUUUUUUUUGUUCCUCAACCACUUUGUAAUGUAUUUUUUAACUUAUUAUUUUGUAACGUCUUUGUUUUUAAGUAUUGCUGCUACCCUUGUUACUCUUCUCACCAUUUUUAUUGCGGAUUUUAUUUUGUGAAGAAAAAAAAAGUUGUACACUAAUGUUUUUCAUUUUAUGUCUAAAUCAAAGUAUUUAAAGAAAUACUAGUUCUAUUUAACGUUGGGUAUGGAGCCAGCUGAAAUAAACAGUGAUUGUAUAGUAGGCUGGGCCCAGGAGGUCAUGUUCAUUUUUGUUACAUAUGCAAUAAACACUCACAACUUUAA